GAGAGGGCUGACAGAUGAUGCUCAUCCAAUCAGCAGUCGCUACAGUCCACCCAGCAGCAGGGUCCUCCCCACCGAUGUAGUUUGUCCGAUUUUGGCGGCUGUGGGGAAAACAUGGCGGAAAAUUUGAAAGCAGAUUGCAGCGUGCCUUGGAAGAUGUCCUGGGAUGAACUGGAAGCCCUAUGUCGCAGAGAGAGGCUGCACUGUAAAGAGCUUGGGGUGAACAGAGCCAACAUCAAUGAGUAUGAUGUGGAAUUCCUCUGUGACUACAAGAAGACUAAGGAGGAGGAGUUCUACCUGGUAAAGUGGAGGGGCUUCUCAGAGUCUGAUAACACCUGGGAACCCAAGAGGAACCUCAAAUGCCCCAAACUAAUGAAGCAGUUUCACCUGGACCUGGAUCAGGAGCUGAGGCGCCACAAGAGACGCUGCACGCCUAAAAAAUUGGAUAAGGAAGUUGCCUCAUUCCUGGUUCAAAAAGCCACAGUCCGUCAGAGACUCCAACGCUGGGAGGCCCAUCUGAACCAGACACGAAACCACCCAGGUCGCAUUUUUGUCAUAAACGAAGUGGACCUUGAGGGCCCUCCAAAAAAUUUCACCUACAUCAACAACUACAAAGUAGGCCCAGGUAUCGUGUUAGAUGAGAUGGCUGUUGGCUGUGAGUGUAAGAACUGUUUAGAUGAGCCAGUAAAUGGCUGCUGCCCUGGGGCCUCCCAGCACCGCAUGGCCUACAAUGACAAGGGUCAGGUCCGGAUCCGGCCGGGACAGCCCAUAUAUGAGUGUAACUCCCGAUGCAGCUGUAGCCCCGAUUGUCCUAACAGAGUAGUGCAGAAGGGCAUCCAGUUUGACCUGUGCAUCUUUAAGACAGAGAAUGGCCGAGGAUGGGGUGUCCGCACGCUGCAGCACAUCAAGAAGAACACAUUCGUCAUGGAGUACGUGGGAGAGAUCAUCACAACAGAUGAAGCGGAGAGGAGAGGUCAUGUAUAUGACCGUCAAGGCUCUACCUACCUGUUUGACCUGGACUAUGUGGAGGAUGUUUAUACAGUGGAUGCUGCUCACCAAGGCAACAUCUCCCACUUUGUCAACCACAGCUGUAACCCCAACCUGCAGGUAUUUAACGUGUUCAUCGACAACAUUGAUGAGAGGCUCCCAAGAAUUGCAUUAUUUUCAACACGGGCUAUUCGGGCAGGAGAGGAGCUCACCUUUGACUACAGGAUGCAAAUUGAUCCAGUGGACACAGAAAGCACCAAAAUGGACUCCAGUUUUAGUCUAGCAGGUCUCCCCAGCUCUCCAAAGAAGAGGAUUCGAGUGGAGUGUCGGUGUGGAUCAGACUCCUGUCGAAAAUACCUGUUCUGACAAAGGACUGCUGAGAACACAACACUAUCAGCUGUGUAAAGACGGGGAAAAUUGUACAGAUUUGUAUAUGAAUUUUUAUUAUCUUUUGUUUUUUAAAAGCUGAAAUUCACCAUCAACUUUUCAUAUGUUAACGUGACUUGACACAAUGUGAUUUAAAAGCACAAUCCAGAAUUUCAAUCUUGUGAUUUACUUCAACAGAAUGUAGAGUUUCUUGAUUUACACUGAAUUUAGGGCUGCAUCAAUGGAUUAUGUAAGAUCCUUAUUCCAACAAUUCGAAAUAUCUUUCUAUAAAAAAACAGAUCCAUGAUCAUGCGCAGUAGCCAAUCCCUGCAGGGUGCAGUACAAGAAUACUUGGCCCCUUAGCUUUGAAGUAAAAUAUUUUCUAUGGUUGAUUUCUUCAGGCUCUUAAAAUGUAUAAAUAUUCUACAAGUACAUGACACAGGUAUUUGCCCAAUCUGUUUCAUUGCAGUGAUAAUUCUUAAUUAUUAAAGGAAUUCUAAUUCCUUUAUCUAUGAACUGUCCCUACUUCUGUCACUCUUGUGGCUCUGUACAGUAUCUAUUCUGUGGUCAAAUAGAUAAUUGUUUUACAGUGUGUGUGUAUAUAAACAUUUUAGUUGUUAGUA